CCCAAACUCCCCCUCGGCCUCUUGUCGCCUCCUAGACCACUGUCCCUGCAGUUCCUCAGGGAUGUGCUCUGUUUCCUCACUUCUGCGAUUCCAGACAGCACAGAGGCCGGGGCUGCAGACAGAUACUCAGACCUGACAGAGGCGGCCGCUGCCCCGGGACAGGCACAGGUAGGAUCCUAUGACCAGCUGCCCACUCCAGCCCACCGUGAUGGAGGCAAAUGAUUCCUCUCGUGUGGAUUCUGAGUUCCGAUACACCCUCUUCCCAAUUUUUUACAGCAUCAUCUUUGUGUUGGGGGUCCUCGCCAACAGCUAUGUGCUGUGGGUCUUUGCCCACCUGUACCCUUCCAAGAAAUUCAACGAGAUAAAGAUCUUCAUGGUGAAUCUCACCAUGGCUGACCUGCUCUUCCUGGUCACUCUGCCCCUGUGGAUCCUCUACUACUACAACGAGGGCAACUGGAUUCUUCCUGAAUUCCUGUGCAACCUCGCUGGCUGCUUCUUCUUCAUUAACACCUACUGCUCAGUGGCCUUUUUGGCCGUCAUCACUUAUAACCGCUUCCAGGCUGUAACACAGCCCAUCAAGACCGUUCAGGUCACCACCCGCAAGCGUGGCAUCCUUUUGUCCCUGAUCAUCUGGGUGGCCAUUGUGGUCGCUGCAUCCUACUACCUCAUCCUGGACUCCACCAACACAGUGCCCAACAAGACGGGCUCAGGCAACAUCACACGCUGCUUUGAGCACUACAAGAAGGGCAGUAUCCCAGUCCUCAUCAUCCACGUCUUCCUCGUGUUCAGCUUCUUCCUCGUCUUCCUCAUCAUCCUCUUUUGCAACCUGGUCAUCAUCGUCACGCUGCUCACGCAGCCGAUGCAGAUGCAGCGCAAUGCAGAGAUCAAGUGCCGGGCGCUCUGGAUGGUCUGCACGGUGCUGGCUGUGUUCAUCAUCUGCUUUGUGCCCCACCACAUUGUACAGCUGCCCUGGACCCUGGCUGAGCUGGACUUCCAGAAGAGCAACUCCCACCAGGCUAUUAACGAUGCACAUCAGAUCACUCUCUGCCUCCUUAGUACCAACUGUGUCUUAGACCCCAUCAUCUACUGUUUCCUCACCAAGAAGUUCCGUAAGCACCUAACGGAGAAGUUUUACAGUAUGCGCAGCAGCCGGAAAUGCUCCCGGCUCACCACGGAGACAGGCACCGAAGUGGUCAUGCCGCUCAAACAGGUCCCUGUCAAUUCCCUCAAAGAUUAGGCCCAGAUUGUUUGGAGCCCAGAGGCUUAUCCUCCAUGGACAUCAUGGAGGGACCUGGGGGAGGAAGGGGUAUCUGAUGCGGCCCUGGCAUCUGCUCCCUGGGCACUGGUGGCCCAUUAGGUAUGGAGGCUACCUCACCAAGGUGUCGAUACUGGGUAGAGCCAGACUGCUGGGAAAUCCAGAACUUGAAUGAGCCCUUUCAGCCACCUUUGGGCACAUGCCAUAAUAACCUUGGUUGGUAACCUCAUCCCGAGCGCCUGAGUCUGACAGCUCUGGAAGGAAUGUCAGGGCCAGGGGCAGUCCUUGGGGGUUGACACUGAGCCACCCAGUUCAUCCUACCAGGACAGCAGUCCCAAAUGAGUAAGUCCUAAAGUUUUGGGCAACCACUCCCUUUAUCACUAAAAAGUCAGAGAAGGGGUUUUGGAAAAGGGACGCUCCCCUCGCUGCGUGGCACCGUCUUUGGGAUAGACUUUUAAGCUAGGAUGGUGCCGCCCAGUCUCUACCUAAAGGCACAAGGUCUUUGUGGCACUCUCAGGGGAAGUGGCUUGGUGGAACCCUCUCCCGAGUCAUGCAACAACCUGUAUUGAGUGAUGACCAGAGAAGAUAAAACAUGCAUAGACCGAAAGCUAGGAUGGGGAGCCUGUCUCCUGGGGCAGAUGUGUGUUUCCGCACAGGCCUCACCUCAGGCCUGGGGCAGCUCUGGGGCAGCGGGAGAGACACAACACCCACAUCCACCUUCUGUCUCAACAAGGGACCCUGAAGAAGUAACUCCUGCAGCACAGCCACCCACUGUGGGUGGGCAAAGUCCCCUCAAAGCCAAAUUGGGGCCCUCCAGGCCACUGCGAUGCCCAGAGGCUUCCGUGGGAAAGGGCAGUUAGGCUGAGAAGUACCUGCAGGAAGGCCUCCAAGUGGAAGGAGUCCGUAGCUCCCCUCCCCACCUCACCUCUGAGAGGCCCCUCUGACUUAGCUGCCACGAGCUGAGAAGAGCAACUAGAAUCCCAAGGGCAGGCAGGCACUUUGAGUUCUGGGUGCAGAAGAGAGGUGAAAACUUCUCUUGAGGAGUUCUAGAUACCUGAGCCUCCUCUCGCACCCUGAGCACCUGCAGUGUGAACCUGACAGCCUCAGACCCAGGGGCUAGGAGGAGCCUUCCCUGGUUUCCAGAAAUCGUCUUCCCUUCCAGCCAGUGACCCCACAAAGCUGGGAUCCUCGUUUCCCGCAUACUGGGCUGAUUUUGAUAAAUGCCUCCCAAUGGGCCAGAGACCUGCUUGGGUCUGGGGUGGCAGUUGUGGGCUGGACUUAGCAGGUGGUGACUAGGUGGAUAGUGCAGCGGACUUGAACUUCGGUGUCACACAGACCCAGGUUCAAGCUGUGGCUUUGUCACUUCCUGCCCAGGGCCUGUGAACUGAGUUUCCUACCUCAUAGAGUUAUGAGGAGCAGAUACCUCUAGGUCAGGCUGACUGCUCAUCCCAGAUUCUCCCUUCUUCUGAGAAUUUGUUCCCCCGACCCUCCGAUAGGAGCUGAAGGGAUGAGAGGUGAGCAUCUGUCUCUAGUGGGGCCAGUCAGGUUCUCGCUUGGGAAUAAGCAGCAAGAUUCAGGGAUGCUCUUUCAGGCUCUGCAGGCCACUUACCGGAACACAUUUAAACUCUGGAGCUGUGUGUGUGUGUGUCUGCGUGUGUGUGUGAGGUGUGUGUGUGUGUGCGUGUGUGUGUGAGGUGUGUGUGUGAGGUGUGUGUGUCUGCAUGUGUAUGUGUGUGAGGUGUGUGUGUGUCUGCAUGUAUGUGUGAGUGUGUGAGGUGUGUGUCUGCAUGUCUGUGUGAGGUGUGUGUGUGUGUCUGCAUGUAUGUGUGAGUGUGUGUGAGGUGUGUGUCUGCAUGUUUGUGUGUGAGGUGUGUGUGCGCGUGUGUAUGUGUGUGAGGUGUGUGUGCGUGUAUGUGUGUGUGUCUGCAUGUUUGUGUGUGAGGUGUGUGUGCGCGUGUGUAUGUGUGUGCUUGUGUGUGAGGUGUGUGUGCGCGUGUGUAUGUGUGAGGUGUGUGUCUGCGUGUAUGUGUGAGUGUGUGUGUGUGAGAGGUGUGCGUGUGUGUGUGUGUGAGGUGUGUGAGUGUGGCCAGCGGGUCAGGGUUGAGGGAGGCACCUGCAUGAAUGUAGUAGAGAAAACGGCUCUGCUCAGAGAGAAGACAGAGGUGUGCAGAGCAAGGCAGAGACCAGGGGAACCGCAGGGGCCUGGAGCGAGGAGGGGCCGUGCUUCCAGGGGCCUGCUGGCUCCCUUCCUGCAGGCCCAGCCCUUCUCGAAGCUCAACAUCUGCGCUGCUUCCUUCGGGUCCUUGUGAGAUUCCCUUUUAGGAUACAUUCUCUUAUUUUGCUUAAGCUGAUUUGAGUGAUUAUCUAUUACUUGCAACCGAAAGAGUUCUGAAUGAGAUAAAUGCUUGUAUGCUAAAGCACAUUGUUUCUUGAAUUUCAGCCGUUUGUGUACUCCCCUCGUAAAUUUUGCAAUAUCCAUGUACCAUCUGUAUGUUUACUCAAGAAAUAUAUUUCUCUAAAUCGAGUCACUUUUUAAAACUUU